AUGGACAAUCUCUCGAAUCCCCAACACGAAGCCGAUUUGGAGGAAAUGAAAAAGGACAAAGACAUCGAGAUUAGUCGAUUGACAGCAAAUAUGGCUCAAAUCGAGGCCAACUUAAUGGGGAAAAUCGCGAAGUUGGAGGCUGAUUUGGUUGACGGAAAAGAGAGAAAUCGGGAACUGGAAAGGAAAAUCGCCGAGACGAAAAGGAAGAACGACGAUCUCGAAGCACAAAUGAACUCGUUUUGUAAUUUCCUUUUAGACAGAAGCGAGCCAAAUACGGAAGUGAGAGACGGAAAGGCCAAGAUUGGAGAGCUCGAAGGGAAAAUCAACGCGUUGCAGAGCAAAAUCUCUGUCUUUGAGACCCAAAUGCAAUUUGAAAGGGAAAAAAAAACGGCCGAAAUGGUGAAAUUGCAGGCAGACUUAAAUCGAACGAGGUCUUUCUUGGAACUGGAAACUGGAUGGUCGUAUUUGGCAAAAACCGCUUCCUGGUACAAGGCUUUCGAUCAAGAAAUGAAAUUCGAUGAAGCCGAGGCAUAUUGUGCGAGUCGAAAGGGCCAUUUAGUCUCAAUUCACAGUCAGGAAGAGAACGAUUUUGUUUGGAAACUCGCGAAAACUGUUGAUUCGGAUUAUGGGUUCUGGAUCAGAUUGAAGAGAAAUCCGGACAAAGGAAAUGCUUUUGAAUGGACGGAUGGAAGUUCGGUGGAUUUCACGAAUUGGCAUCCGGGACAACCGAAUUCGUACACCAUUCAGGAAUACAAUUUUUACACCCACGCUCAGUUUCGGAGCAUUGAUGGGAAAUGGUUCUCCGAGGAUCCUACCUUUAAGCGUUUUGUUAUCUGCAAAAAGAGCUUUCAGUUC